AAAAUCCUUCACUUUUCAACAAAACCAAUGUGAAAGUGAAGGUGAAAGCUUUCUCUCUCCUUCCUCUCUCUCUCUCCUCUUUCAAAGCUCUCUCUCUCUCCUGUCUUUCUCUCUCUGGAUUCCUCACAGGGACAAGAGGCUCACAGCUCAUCAUCAACUGUGGUGAUAAAUAUAACUUAAGAAUCUCAGAUGGGAUAAAAGUUGCAAAUCCCAAUGGACAAAAUGUUUGUCUGUCACCCAUUUUUGGCUCCCUCCUCUUCCUCUCGCCCUCCUUUUGUUCAUCUCUCUCUCUCCUCUCUAAUGGUGGGUCUACUGUGAAUGAUUCUUCUGCAACUUCAGUAAUCACUGCAUCCAGUUUGAGUGAGAGAAAGGGUUAAAAGAUGAAACUUUUGUAAUGGGUCUCUGCUUUGAAUGACCUGAGCUAGCAGCCUACCACUCUCUCUCUCUCUCUCUCUCUCUCUCCUCUGCAACUUCAAUAAUCACUGCUCCCAGUUAGAGAGGGUGAAAAGAUGAUACCUUCAUAAUGGAGCUUUGAACUACCAUUCGUCUCUCUCUCUCUCUCUCUCUCUCUCUCUCUCUCUCACCAACCAUCUGCAGCACCCAUAGCUCCCCUCCCUCAUUCCCUACCUCUCUCUCUGCAAGAACAUUCUUCUCUCUCCCCAUUGCUGUCAUCCUUUGAACUCAUAUCUGAUAGCUCCAAGAACACUUAUCCACUGAAAACUAGCUAGGAUAAACACAAACACACACACAACACACGAGAGUUAAGAGACUUGGCAAGUACAAUGCCCUCCAUCUUCUUCAUCGUCCUCCUCUUAUCUUGCACACUCUGUAUCUCAUCCUCCACCCACCACCACCUGCGGCGGCGGCGGCUCCUCCACCAACCGUUCUUCCCCGCUAGUUCCAUUCCUCCAACGGCAUCUCCAUCUUCCUCUCCCCAAUCUCAACCCCAUCAGCAGCCCAAGCUCCCAUUUUCGACUUACUCUCCCCCAAACGCCCCCUUCUUCCCUUCUGACUCUUCUCCGCCGCCCCCUCCAUCUCCUACCGUUCCCGUCACUGUCCCGGCCAACAUCUCCUCCCUUUCUCUGCCUCAGUCUUCCUCUCGAAAACCCGUCUCCAGAAAAAAGCUCGUCGCCGUCGCCAUCGCUCUUUUCUCCGCCACUUUCGUUCUCGUUCUCGCCUCUGUUUUGUACUACCGAAGGCACCGCGAUUUCGCCGUCGAUAAGGCCUCGAGAUCCGACAGUCUCCGGUUGUUCCCUGCGAACGCCCCCGCCUCCGACGGUGGCCAUAAGUCGCGAGUCGCGUCCGGUACGAGCUCGGAGUUUCUCUAUCUCGGCACCGUGGUGAAUUCGCGAGGAGCCGAUGACGACAACAUGCUGAAUUCGAACAAUGCCAAUAUGGGGAUUGGCGUGUCCCCGACGCCGGGCUAUCAGAAACUAGGUUCGCCAGAGCUCCACCCACUUCCGCCACUACCCCGGCAGAACUUCCGGCGGAACAGCCGAAAUGCCAAAGAGGGCUUUUUGAGCGAUGGCGACGAAGACGAAGAGUUUUUUUCGCCGAGAGGGUCCUCGGGCGACAGAGAGAGUCCGAGCGGCAUUGGAUCGAGCUCUAGGAGAGUAUUCGAAGCUGUUGGAGCUGAAAAUUUCGGUAUUAGAAGCUCGAAUUCGCGAAGCCCUUCGUACCCAUCUUCGUUAUCUGCUUCCUCAACUCACUCAAGCAAUAACAGCCCUUCCCCGCCAUUGAAUUUAAGCCCCAGAAGCUCGAAAUCGAGAUCGCCAGAUUCUGUCAUCAAAUUCCCAGCUCCGCCACUGCGGCCGCCGCCGCCACCUCCGCAACGGCAAAGGACGCCGUCCCCACCAUCUUCAUCACCAUCUCCGCCAUUUUCCCCACCAACGAUAGAAUUGGGGGAACCCCAUGAUUCGCCAGUGAGAAUUUCAGAUGUUUCGUGGCAGAGUCAACUUUCCCCAGAAAGAUUUCAAAUUUUGCCAAACCAAUCCGUUUCUACAAAACAGCCGCCGCCGCCGCCGCCGCCUCCCCCUCCCCCUUCGAGAUUCUGGGAUACGCCAGUUGCGCCGUCGAUUAUCCGGGGACCGUUUUCUGGGCCGCCGAUUCUUGUUGCGCCGUCCAGAUCAGUUGUUUUCCAAAAUGCCGUACCAGAGGUUUCCCCAGCAGAGCAAUCUCAGAAGUCUGAGAAUCUGGAGAAAAGUGAGGAUACCCAAAAGCCAAAACUUAAGCCUUUGCAUUGGGAUAAGGUUAGAGCGAGCUCUGAUCGUGCUAUGGUGUGGGAUCAGCUUAAAUCAAGUUCUUUCCAAUUGAAUGAGGAAAUGAUUGAGACGUUGUUUAUGGUAAAUGGUUCAAAUUUGACCACCAAGGAUAACCUCCGACGGGCAGUUCUUCCGACUCCAAACCAGGAGAAUCAGGUGCUUGAUCCGAAGAAGUCUCAGAAUAUUGCAAUUUUGCUGAGGGCUCUUAAUGUGACCAUUGAUGAAGUUUGCGAAACCCUUUUAGAAGGUAAUGCCGACACUCUUGGAACAGAGCUUCUUGAAAGUUUAUUGAAGAUGGCUCCAACAAAAGAGGAAGAACGGAAACUCAAAGAGUUUAGAGAUGAGUCGCCAAUCAAGCUUGGCCCUGCAGAGAGAUUCCUUAAGGCAGUAAUUGAUGUCCCUUUCGCAUUUAAGAGGGUGGAGGCAAUGCUUUACAUUGCCAAUUUUGAUUCAGAAGUCGAGUACCUUGGAAGAUCUUUCGAAACCCUCGAGGCAGCAUGUGGAGAACUAAGGAACAGCAGAAUGUUCCUGAAGCUUCUUGAAGCUGUGCUCAAAACUGGGAACCGCAUGAACGUGGGGACCAACCGUGGGGAUGCCCGAGCCUUCAAGCUUGACACGCUGCUCAAGCUUGUUGAUGUCAAGGGCACUGAUGGGAAAACUACUCUCUUGCACUUUGUUGUGCAGGAAAUCAUAAGGGCUGAAGGCUCUCGUCUCUCUGGGGCUAAUCAGGAUCCAACUGCUGACACAACUCAGCAAUCUGCUUUUCGAGAUGAGGUAGAAUUCAGGAAACUUGGCCUGCAAGUUGUUGCUGGCUUGAGUGGGGAACUAACCAACGUCAAGAAAGCUGCAGCCAUGGAUUCUGAUGUGCUUAGCAGUGAUGUUGCCAAGCUUUCCGGGGGAAUUGCCAAGAUCAGGGAAGUUAUGAAAUUAAAUGAAGAAGUUGCAUUGAAGGAGAGCAGUCCGAGAUUCUCAGACUCCAUGAAUGGAUUCUUGACAAAGGCUGAGGAAGAGAUUACGAGAAUCCAAGCCCAAGAAAGCAUUGCACUUUCAUUGGUUAAGGAAAUAACUGAAUAUUUCCAUGGCAACUCAGCUAAAGAGGAAGCUCAUCCAUUCAGGAUUUUCAUGGUGAUGAGAGAUUUUCUUUCCAUUCUCGAUCACGUUUGCAAGGAAGUUGGGAAGAUCAACGAGCGAACUAUAGUAAAUUCAGCUCGUCAAUUUCCGCUGCCUGUUAAUCCAACUGUACCACCAGUUUUUCCUGCCUUCAACGGAAGGCGGCAGUAUGGUUCUUCAGAUGAUGAAAGCUCAUCCUCUUCCUCGUAGCACUUUAUUUUUGUUUCAGGGAAUGUGCGUUGUGCUGGUCUGCUGAUCACUCUAGGAUGUCGAUUGGUAAAGGCUUCGGGUGCAAAAUUGCAGGACAGCAGGCUUUUAAUUUCUCUCUUUCACUUACAUUUAGAAGAUUUUGGAAUACUGCUUAAUCCCAUAUGUAAUAUACAGGGUUGGGAAGUAUAUGGAGAAGUAAUAUGGUAGUAUUGCUGGGAACAUUUGAAGCUAUUUUGUACAUUUGCUAGAAACUGGAUCCAAGGAUUGAUGUUCUGUAAAUGAAGCAAUGUUUAUGGUUU